AUGAUGCUGAUGGUGAAUGUGGGGGAAAGGGAGGAAGAAAGGUUUGAAGUGGAAGAGUUGGAGAUCCUUGGGCACCAACACCAGGAAUGGAGGCAAGCAGGGAAGAAGAAGAAGCCUGCAGUUCUGCUAUCCAUAUGGGAGGAGAUGCAGCAAGUGGACAGGAACAAGGAGUUGAGAGGGAGAAAAGUCCAGACCAAGUAUAAGCUAAUACAAGAUUGGUUGAAAAAGCCUCUCCAUUCAAAGAAGCCCCACAUUGCCCUUAGAUCCAGUUACAAAUACUCUGUGUGGGCAGUGGUUCACAAAUUGUACCAAGAGCAAAUACAGGAGAAGCUUGCAAAAAUGAAAGUAGGAGAAGGCAAUAUCCAUGGAAGCAAGCAGAUCCAACAGUAUCAGAAUGCAUUGAUGGCUCUUAUUCAGGAUGACCUGAUGGAGGGACAAUUGGCUGCAGCUGAAGAUAUAGCAGAAAGGUGGAAUGGGUGGGAAGGCCCUGUGCCAGAGACAAAAGCAAGGAAUGCAGCCAAGUAUGGGUACAAUAUGGACUUCAAUCAUGAAAUCAUGGAUGGGAUCCCCUUCAAUGAUGUCCACACACCAGAAGGAAGCUGGCAAGAGUACCUUGGGGAAACAUUUGAGGAACCAAGAACACUGCCCAAGCAUGAUGUGGCCAAAGCAAUGAGGACAGGCAAGGUUGACUCUGUGAAAUUGGUGAAAAAUGCUGAUGGAGAGAUUUGGAUAGGAGAAAUCACAGGCCUUAGCCAGGACCAACUACAAAAAAUGCUACCCAGCUGCUGUCCAUCUGGUGCAAGCAACAGGAAUCCCAUCCAAAUGAUGUGUUUGGACAUCAGAAAUGGAUCAAUUGAUCUGGUUGUGAGGCAGUGGAAAUACCAAAAGACACCUGCUCCCAAAUGCAAAAAGAAUCCUGGAAAGAAAAAUGUCAAGGGCAAGGGUAAAGCACAGGAAGAGAGAGUGGUGGAUGAUAGCACAGAUGAUAGUGCAGAUGACAGCAUGGAUGACAGUUUGGAUGAUCAUGGUGAGGCUGAGGUAUCUGGCAGGAGUCAAAACCAUGCCAAGACACCAUUCCCUUCUUGUUCCCACUCAAAUCCCCCACCAGCUGAUGGUUCCCAUGUGCUAACUGACUAUAAUGGGUGGGAAAGCAACAGCCAUGAUUCCCAUGAUGAAGCUGAUGAAGACACUUAUUUGCCCACCCUAUCCAAUUCAAAGAAAAUGGCAACAUCCCUGAAUACAAACCCUCAUCUGCACUCAGGGAACAAGUACACAACUGAACUACAGGACCACUCAGAAUACACAGAUGAAGAUGGAUAG